AAAACAUGUUUUUUAAAAGUUUUUUUUUUUUUGUUUCAAAUUGUUUCUAGUCCAAAAAAAACGACGCGGAUGUUUUGUUUUUGUGUAAUAAGAAGAAAGAACGUAAAAGAGAAAUGACGCGGACGAAUCGUGUUAGACCCAAAAAGAACAGCUUCUUCCAUUGUCCAAAUUCCUUACCAAAAAACUCUACUCUCGGUGGCACCAGAUCACUCCUCCUCUCUCUUCUCCUACCUUUUUCACAUUCUCUUCUUCUUCUCUUUCUCUCGUGAAAAAGAGAUUCUUUAUUCAUUAGAUCGAAGAAGCAAAAAUGUCCACAGCGCCGUCUCCAGGAACUACUCCAUCACCAUCUCCUCCCACAAACUCAACAACCACCACUCCUCCUCCAUCUUCCUCUCCUCCUCCCACCACAACUCCUUCUUCUCCUCCUCCGCCGCCGUCAACUAAUUCAACCUCUCCUCCUCCUUCUUCUCCUUUACCUCCUUCUCUUCCUCCUCCAUCUCCUCCUGGAUCUUCCACUCCUCCUCUUCCUCAACCAUCUCCCUCCGCUCCCAUCACUCCAUCUCCGCCCUCUCCCACCACUCCUGGAUCAAACCCUCGAAGCCCUCCAUCUCCAAACCAAGGACCACCAAACACUCCCUCAGGACCUACUCCUCGAACUCCAUCUAACGUUAAUCCUUCGCCGCCGUCUGAUUCUUCCGAUGGAUUAUCUACAGGAGUUGUGGUCGGAAUCGCCAUUGGAGGAGUUGUUGCGCUUGUUGUGUUGACUCUGAUUUGUCUUCUCUGUAAGAAGAAACGAAGAAGAAGACACGAUGAUGAAGCUGCUUACUAUGUUCCUCCUCCACCUCCUCCUCCUGGUCCCAAAGCUGGAGGACCUUACGGUGGACAACAACAGUAUUGGCAACAACAAAACGCAUCACGACCGUCAGAUAAUCACGUAGUGACGUCAUUGCCACCACCUAAACCUCCAUCUCCACCACGAAAACCUCCGCCGCCUCCUCCACCACCGGCAUUCAUGAGUAGCAGUGGCGGUUCUGACUAUUCGGAUCUUCCGGUUCUUCCUCCACCAUCUCCAGGGCUUGUGUUAGGCUUUUCUAAAAGCACUUUCACUUAUGAGGAGCUGUCAAGAGCUACUAAUGGCUUCUCUGAGGCUAAUUUGUUGGGACAAGGCGGGUUUGGUUAUGUGCAUAAAGGUAUAUUGCCUAGUGGGAAAGAAGUUGCUGUGAAACAGUUGAAAGCUGGAAGUGGUCAGGGAGAGAGAGAGUUUCAGGCUGAGGUUGAGAUCAUUAGCAGAGUUCAUCACAGGCAUUUGGUUUCUCUUAUUGGUUAUUGUAUGGCCGGUGUUCAAAGAUUGCUUGUCUAUGAGUUUGUCCCCAACAACAAUCUUGAGUUUCACCUCCAUGGGAAGGGACGGCCUACGAUGGAAUGGAGUACUAGAUUGAAGAUUGCUCUUGGAUCUGCUAAAGGACUUUCAUAUCUUCAUGAAGACUGCAAUCCGAAAAUCAUUCACCGUGAUAUUAAGGCGGCAAAUAUACUUGUAGAUUUCAAGUUUGAAGCUAAGGUUGCUGAUUUUGGUCUUGCCAAGAUUGCUUCUGAUACAAACACUCAUGUAUCUACACGCGUGAUGGGAACCUUUGGGUAUUUGGCUCCAGAAUAUGCUGCAAGCGGAAAGCUCACAGAAAAGUCUGACGUUUUCUCAUUUGGUGUUGUACUUUUGGAGCUUAUAACCGGGAGGCGCCCUGUUGAUGCAAACAAUGUCUAUGUAGAUGACAGCUUAGUUGACUGGGCACGACCCUUGCUUAACCGAGCAUCUGAGGAAGGAGAUUUUGAAGGUUUGGCUGAUCCAAAGAUGGGUAACGAGUAUGACAGAGAGGAAAUGGCUCGCAUGGUUGCUUGCGCUGCAGCUUGUGUUCGCCAUUCAGCUCGCCGCAGACCUCGCAUGAGCCAGAUAGUGCGCGCCUUAGAAGGAAAUGUAUCGCUCUCUGAUCUAAACGAAGGGAUGAGACCGGGUCACAGCAACGUCUACAGCUCAUAUGGAGGAAGCACAGACUAUGACACAAGCCAAUACAACGACGACAUGAAGAAGUUUAGGAAAAUGGCACUAGGAACUCAAGAAUACGGCACAACCGGCGAGUACAGUAAUCCAACAAGUGACUACGGACUGUACCCGUCUGGUUCGAGCAGCGAAGGUCAAGCCACACGAGAAAUGGAGAUGGGGAAGAUUAAAAAAACCGGUCAAGGUUAUAGUGGACCUUCUCUUUAAACCACAAGAGAUGAGAAAAUUGCAGGGGUUUUUGGAUUCUUUUUCUUAUUAACUGUAAAGAUUUGAGGAAAUUGCCUUAGUCUCUAAUUGAUCUACUACGAUAUAAUGAUUACAUUUAAAUUUGUUUUUCUUUGGGUUUCUUCUUUAGAUGUUGUGAUGUUUUUGAUUCUUGGUUGAAUAUUAUUCUUUCAUUCUUUUUUUCUUCUUCAUUAAGUACUUGUUUGUUA